AUGACUGAGAAAGAUCUUGGUCAAUUUUCUCCAGUGGAUUAUAUAUUUUUUGUGAUAGUGUUUGUUGUAUCAUCAAGCAUAGGGCUGUACUAUGCCAUAAAGUCCCGAAAGACAGUAACAACAACGGAAGAAUAUCUUCUGGGAGGACGGAAGAUGGGACUGUUUCCGGUGUCUUGCUCAAUAGUUGCUACGUCAAUCACAGGAAUGGGAACUGUUGGCUUAGCAGCUGAGGCAUAUGCAUUUGGUAUCUACAACCUUAUGGUAUGCUACACGAUGACCCUUGUAGGAAUUGUUAUCUCGUGCAUUUUCUUGCCAGUUUUCUCCGCAUUAAGGCUCACGUCGACUUUUAAGUACUUCGAACUGCGUUUCAAUCGAAGAGUUAGGCAAAUUGCAAGUGGACUAUUCUUGCUGACUGGAUUUAUCUACCUUCCCUUUACGGUCUACGUUCCCGCUCUGACUUUUCAACGUGUUACUGGAGUAGAUAUUUACUUAACUGCAACGAUUCUCUCCUUGAUCUGUGCAGUUUAUACGGCUAUAGGUGGAUUUAAGGCAGUCAUCUGGACUGAUGUAGUUCAACUUGGUCUCAUGAUUGUCUCCUUCGUUAUUAUGAUAAUUGUUGGGAUUAACGCAGUAGGUGGAAUACGUAAUGUUUAUGAGGCCGGUUCAAGAGGAGGAAGACUCCGAAUUCUCAAGUAA